AUGACUGAUGCACUAACUUAUUCUUCACAUCAACAACAAAUCAGUGAUAAUCCUUCAAUAUAUUUCAAAAAACAAAACCAACACAAUGAAAAUCAUGAAAAUCCUCGCACACUACGUGAAUUAAUUGAAUAUUUGUAUGAGGCAUUCUCAACGGAUAUGGUUGAUCUUGAUUAUUUACAUACAAUAAUGACAAAUUAUAAAAGUUCUCCAAAAGAUUGGCAACAAUAUGCAAAAUUUAAACAAGAUAGAUAUACACGAAAUUUGGUCGAUGGUGGUAAUGGUAAAUUUAAUCUAAUGUUAUUAUGUUGGUCAGAAGGUCAAGGUUCAUCAAUUCAUGAUCAUACAAAUUCACAUUGCUUUAUGAAAUGUUUAGAUGGAAAAUUAGUUGAAACACGCUAUGAAUGGCCAACAGAAGAUGAUCAACAAGAAGAUGAUAAAAAAGAAAAACCGAUGAAACUUAAAUAUCAAAGUGAUUUAAAUUAUAAUGAUGUUUUAUAUAUAAAUGAUUCAUUGGGUUUACAUCGUGUUGAAAAUCCAUCGCAUACUGAUAAAUGUGUUACACUUCAUCUCUAUAUACCACCCUAUCAUCAGUGUCAUACAUUUGAUGAACGAACAGGUAAACAAGGUCAAGUAGUUGUUACAUUUUACAGUAAAUAUGGACAAAUAUUGGAAAAAGAAACACCAGCAUUGUAA